UAAUAUUUGUGAGAAGCUAUAUACUCGGGCUCCCUCUCCGCUCACGGCCGCCAUGGACGUAAACAAUCGUUGAAAAUAUUUGUUUCCUUUUUUUUUUAGCUUUUCUGGGUUUGCAGAUUAGAAUGGGCGAAAAGUCUGCAGCCUCCAAGAACAAUGACUGCUACUUCUAUUAUUAUUCCUCCUGCUCUAAGGGUGCCACUUGUCCUUUCCGCCACGAGCCUGCAGCACUUCGGAACGAGACAAUGUGUAUUUACUGGAUGCAAGGCAACUGCAAUAAGGCUAACUGCAUCUUCAGACACAUGGAGAUCACUAAACAAAGGGAUAGAAUUGCGUGUUGGUUUGAGAGUCAACCGGGAGGUUGCAAGAAGCCGCACUGUCCCUUUCAGCACCAAAAUAUUUUGGACCACCCCAGAGAAGAGGAUAUUAAAAAGAAGCCUGAUUUGAUAUUACCCGUGAAAACUGAAGAAGAAAAGGAGGUGGAGAAGCCGUCGGUGACGGACGUGAGCGUUGAGUCGGAGCGGCAGGUCCUCCUGCCCCAGGCCUUACUCGACCCUGCUUUAGUUGCACGACAACCUCAGUUCAGCGACCCUAUAAUUGUUCAGCUUCAGGAUGGUGAAUCAGACUCUGAGAGUGUAUCGGGAUCGCCCCAGAAGAGAAUAGAUCCAUGCCCAAGACUGAGUGCCCAGAUGGAGUGGGAGCUGAGGAGACUCCGGCAGAUUCAGGAACACGAAGCCAACCUAAUUGGUUACACAUUUGAGGAAGAUCACAAUGACCAAUCAGAAGGAAAAGUAUCAAAAGUCGAGGAAAAGGCUGAGGAUCCAGAGGAGUAUGUAGUUGAGGAAGUUGUGGAAAUUGAGGAGGAUAAUGACACGGUUCAUCGACGUCUCUUCCACAAAGCAGCCGGCCACCGCUCCCACUUGGCAGUCAGUACACUACCGGAACCUGCUGAUGAUGAUCUUAGGCACAGCAUUCUCAAACACAGAGUAAGCCCAAAACAAGGGGAGGUUCGUGCCAGAAAUAAGGCUUCAAUACCUGCACCUGCACGAUUGGGAGGUGGGGCUCCAAUAUCUGCACGGAUGGGAGGUGUGGCGGGAAGGACUCUUGCCGAGACUCUGGGCACAACCGGCUCCCUGCGAAGGAUACACGUCAAGAAACUUAACAGCAGAGGAAACUGUGCAGAUAAUGUCAAUGUAAAAUCAAUUGCACAUAGAAUUGGGGAGAGUAAAAGUGUUGUGAGCCGACUGGGUGGCAGAUUAGGGCAUCAGGAUCCACUAAGGGGCAGCACCCCAGAGGAAGAACCGAGCCUAACUGAGAAAGCCCUAAUGGGCCGAGUAGGGGUGAAAAGAGGCCAACUGCUAGAUUCUAGUGAGGAUUCCAAUACUUCUAAAAGUGUUAAGAAACGUAUUUCUAGAAACACACCAGAAAAGACAGUUACGGUUGAACUUGACUUCACCAUAAAAAGUUUAGCUGAUAUUAGAGCUGAAAAGCGAAAAAAGGGUCCCACAAAAAAAGUACAAAAGAGUGAAAUUAAAAAUGGGACUAAUUCACUUCCUUAUGAAGUGAAGGAAGUCACAUCACCUAAGAAUGAAGGACAAGUUCGUGUUUUGACCCUUGCUGAAAUCAGAGCUUCAAAACGUCAGGCAGUAACCACUACGGAGGACUCUGGGGCUCGACAAAAGAGACCUCCAUCACCAAUAACAUUUAACAAUUCAUCUAAGAAAUUUAAGUCUGAGUCUAAAGAAAGAAACUUUCCAGCAAGUACAAAUCCCACCAGUAACAGUUCUCUUAAACAAGUCUUACCAGAACAAAAAAUUACCUUCAGUACAAGAAAGAUUUCCAUCAAUCGCUCUCCUGUUAAAACUUCAGAAUGUGUCAGCCAGCCCUCUCACCAGGAUAUACCACCCACUAGAGCUGUCAGCCAGCUCUUGCAACAGGAUGUACCACCCACUAGAGUUGUCAGCCAACCCUCUCAGCAAGAUGUACCACCCACUAGAACUGUCAGCCAGCCCUCUCAGCAAGAUGUACCACCCACUAAAGUUGUCAGCCAGCCCCCACACCAAGAUGUAUCACCCACUAAAGCUGUCGGCCAGCCCUCUCACCAUGAUUUAUCACCCAGUAAAGCUGUUACUCAGCCCUCACACCAAGAAAUACCAGCCACUAGAGCUGUCUGUCAGCCCUGUCAUCAAGAUGUACCACCAGAUAGAGCUGUCAGCCAGCCCUCUCAUCAAGAAGUACUACCCACUAGAGCUAUCAGUCAGCCUUCUCACCAAGAUGCACCACCAACAAGAACAGUACAAACAAAGGGGUCUGUAACAAAAACUUUUCACUCGCACAGUGAAACAGUUCAAGAAAAAUCUCUUGGGAAUAGCGAAAAGGUUAAUAUUGAUGUCCCCAAUUCUGCAGUGUCGAUAUUGGUCUUGUCUAAUAAACUUAUGCCAACAGCCAAUGCAAAGUUAAAUUCCAGUUGCAACCGUGAGCCUCUAAGCAGAAUUGAUUCGUUACUAGAUGAGGAAGAGGCAUUGUUGCUAGAGGGAGACAUGCUAGAGUUGGAGGAUGAUGAUGUUGAUGAGGACGAUCUUUUACUCUGAAGUGUUUGAAUUGUGGUUUUUAAUAUUUAGGUGGAAUAAUGUACAAUAAAACUAGUUGGGAAGGAAAUUAUUUUAGCAAGGAAGCAUACUUGAUGACCUUAAAGAAGGUGACAAAUAAAUAACAAAGAAACAUCCUGGUGCGAGCUAAGCUUGCAGUUCAUCUGGCUACGAACGAUGCUUGUAGUUCGCCUGUUCUGCAUUAAAAAUGUUCUGCAUUUUCAUCUGGUUUAAUUUAAGACUUUUGAAUGUUAUCUUUUAUGUCUACAUAUUGGAUUUAAUUUUAUGGACUUGAAUUCAUAAGGAUUGAGGAUUCCUCACGAAGGAAUUUGUUGAUGCUGUACUGAAGUCCUGUAAGUUAUUGUUAUGCUAAUUUUGUAGAAGUUUACAGUCAGGAAACUUCAAAAUUUCACCCAUUGUUAUUUUAUUAAUAUUUAAGAAAUGUAAGUCAAAAAAUUAUGUUUUAGUUAAUUGUACAGUACUUAAAAAUGGUUGGAAAUAUUUAAAACUUUCUUCAUAAAAAGACAAAAUAUAUUUUGUAAAAACAAAAUAUUACCUCAUGUAAAACUUAAUGAGGUAAUAUUUUGCUCAUUGACAUGUAUAGGCCUGGGGGGGUUGGGUCAUAAUAAAACUCCCUCAUAUUA